AUGGCGUGGCCACCCUGCAGCGGCACCGGCGGCGGCGACGCACAGCGGCACUCCUCCCUCUUCCCCACAGCAGCGGCGGCUCCCAAGGCCGAGCGUCCCUCCCUCUACCUCUCCCCCAUAACUGUCGUGGAGGGCACGGUGCCCUUCGCCCACAGCGCUGGCGGCGGCCAGCCAGAGGAGCGGUGGAGACAGAUCCGGCCACCACCGGCAUCGACGGCGACGGAUCUGGCUCCACCGACCUGCCAUCGCCGUGCCGCCCCCGCCCGAAGCCGCCGACCGACCCGACACCGACGACCCAGCGGCGGCGUCGCGCUGGGCAAGCCCUAG